AGAGGAACUAUGAGAUCCUCUAGUAGCUUAUGUAUGUAUCUCCACUACAAUAUCAUUCAUAAUUGGGAUAACAAUCCACAUUCUCAUGGUCAUUAAUCAAAGUAGAGUACAUUUCUCUCUUUGACAUGGCCGAAAAAUAGUCAUGGAUCUCUUCUUUACUUCUUGAUGUUGGGGUUCAUCAAGUACAUGCAUAAUUGUAGUUUGAUAACUUAUCAUCGUUACAACUCACUGCAAAUUCAGUUCUUCACAACAGAACAAAACACUUUUGAGACUCAUUUUCACUAUGCUUAACAUAAAGUUGUUUUUUGAUUUUCUAGUGAUCAAAAUGUCCUUAUUACACAAUAAUUAGACGAUAUAUUCACUAAGUCAUUGUUUUAAGCCAUUUCUUAUCUUUUUUCACUUAAAAACUUGGAGUGGAUUGUCCACCCAACUUAAAUAUGUAAAGCAGUAUAACACUAUUACCAAAGUGUAUAGUUUAUCAUGAAGCUCCAGCUCAACAUCAAAUAUGUGAAUUGGGCCAACUAAAACAACAAAAGCCCGAUAAACUCAUGACUAAGUUAAACUUGAGAUCGCUUACAUUAGCCAAAAGUACAACUUUUUAUCCACACAAAAUUAGUACAACAAGUACAAAUUAGUACAACGAGUACGAUGAAAACACAUAAUCAAAUCUAGAUUCCAAUCAUAUAUGUUUUACUCUAGGUUCAUGAACCUUGAGUUGGCAUUGACACAUUUUCUCUAGAAUGUUCUUACCUUUCUUUAUAUAUAUCAAAUCAAAUCUUGCUGAAAAAUAAAAGCGCAAAUCAAAAUCUAGUUUUUUUCCAAUCGUUUCUCGCUUCCGUAGAGUUUUUUUUUAUGGUAUCAAAGUCAUGGAUUGUUCUUUUGAUCCUGUUUUUGCUUAAACAAUAAGCAUUUCUUAGUAAAAACUUAGAUUUUUUUUUUGAAGGAUUGUUAUUCUCUUGCAUUUGUUUCUCUUAACUAAUUUAGAUUUUUGACAGACCAUCAGCUAAAAACAAAAUCUGCGCUUUAAAGUAUUCAAUCUCAAUAGUUAAUGUUUUUUUUGUUGGUAAGAUUUGAUCUAUGCAAACCACUUCUUGGGUUAAGAAGAUCCUCGAAUAGUAUUGCAUUUAACUGAAGGAUUUUACUAGCAACAAUAAUUGAUAAAGUAAAAAUUUUUCGAAAUUGAGGGGCCAUGAAUAAGGACAUGAUCAGUCACCUGCCUGAAGAUCUGAUUCGUAAAAUAUUAUCCUUUCUUCCCACAAAAACCGCUAUAGCCACAAGUCUUUUGUCUAAACAAUGGCGGUCUCAUUGGAUGUCGGCACCAAAACUGAGGUUCGAUUCUGAGGAUUAUGAAAAUGAACACGACGAAAAUUUUUCAAAGAUUGUGUCCGAGUCCUUCCUAUCACAUAAGGCUCCGGUUCUAGAGAGUUUUCACCUCAGGUUUGGAUUAGAUAAAGUUGAUCCUAUAGAUGUUGGAUUCUGGAUUGGAAUUGCUUUUGCUAGACAGUUGCGUAAACUGGUACUCGAUUUUCUCGAGCUACAAGGGAGCUUCAUAUUUCCAAGUAGCUUGUGUACUUGUAAAACACUUGAGACUUUGAAGCUCAGGAAUCAGAUUCUUCUUGAUAUCUCUUCACCAGCUUCUAUGAAGUCUCUUAAAAAGCUGCAUCUUAGUUAUGUGUUUUACAAAGACGAUGAAACUAUCAAUAACCUUUUAUCUGGUUGCCCUAGUCUUGAAGAAUUGAUUGUGGAUCGAAGUGACGAACAUACUGUUGAGUUUUUCACUAUUAACGUCCCUUCUUUGCUGAGAUUAACCAUUUAUGAUGACAAUAGUGAAAAAGAGUUUCUCGGAUAUUUGAUAGAGGCUCCUUCUCUGAAAUACUUAGAGAUUGAUGAGUUAAGAUGCAAGUUGUUUCUUCUAGAAGCGCCGGAGCUGGUGGAGGCAAACAUCUAUGGAGUUCCUGCAAUAAUCAGUAGCGAAUUUCAUGUAUCUCUCACUUCAGUCAAACGUCUUGUCUUGGAUGUAUCACCCUUGAAGACUAUAUACCCUCCUAUUGGAGAUAUCUUCAAUCAACUGGUGUAUCUAGAGAUGUAUACACGUGAAGCAUUGUGGUGGGAUCUACUUCGUAGGAUGCUCGAACAUUCUCCUAAACUACAAGUCUUGAAGCUCGUUGAUGAAUAUAGGAUUAAUCCUGACUAUCGUGUGUGCGGCAGGGAAUGGAAAAAGCCAAAGUAUGUACCUAAAUGUUUGUUGUCACAUCUCGAGACAUUUGUGUGGACAAGAUAUGAUGCGAGAAGAGAAAAUGAAGAAGAAGUGGCUACGUAUAUCCUAAAGAACGCAAAACAGUUGAAGAGUGCAAAUUUCUCCGCAAAUCCCAUUAAACCGAAAGAGCUGAAGAAGUUGGCUGAGAGACGUGAGAUGUUCAGAAAAUUGGAUGGUGUGGUCAAGGCUUCAACUUCGUGCCACCUUGUGUUCAAAUAGGGAUGAUUUUAUUAUGUAGUAGACUCUACUUAGGUAGAGGACGAAGCCGCUACAAUCCUUUACUAAUUAUUAGUGAUUUCAUCAACUCUCCAAAACAAAAA